CAGUAACACAGUCAUCAAUCAUUCUGAACUGUUUCCCUCCCCUCCCUCCCCCCCCACACACAGACAUAAAGGAGCAUGUGAAGCAGAUAGAGAAGGCUGUCUCAGGUAAGGAGCCCCGGUUUGUUCUGAGAGCUCUGAGAGCGUUGCCGUCUACCAGCCGUCGUCUGAACACCAACGUGCUCCAUAAAGCUGUGUUUGGCUUCUUCACCAACAACACCAGCACCAGAGACCAGCUGCUGGGCUUCCUGGACGAGCCGAUGGAGGUGUUAGAGGGAGACGUCCCGUUCCGUCCCAGGAUAGGUAAAUCAGUGUCUGCUCCUCUGCUGCCGGAGGUGGAGGCUUAUCUUCAGCUGCUGCUGGUGGUUCACCUGACAAACAACAAGAGAUACACUGAGGCUCAGAAGGUGUCAGACGACCUGCUGCAGAAGAUCGGGUCUAAGAACCGCAGAGCUCUGGAUCUGGUGGCUGCUAAGUGUUAUUAUUACCACGCUAGAGUGUACGAGUUCCUCAAGCAGUUUGACACCAUGCGCAGUUUCCUCCACACUCGCCUGCGUACAGCGACUCUGCGUCACGAUGCUGACGGUCAGGCCGUCCUUCUGAACCUGCUGCUGAGGAACUACCUGCACUUCAACCUGUACGACCAGGCAGAGAAGCUGGUGUCCAAGUCUGUUUUUCCUGAACUCGCCAACAACAACGAGUGGGCCAGAUACCUGUACUACACAGGUCGUAUUAAGGCGAUCCAGUUGGAGUACUCUGAGGCUCGCAGGACUUUGACCAACGCUCUGAGGAAAGCUCCCCAACACACCGCUGUGGGCUUCAAACAGACGGUCCACAAGCUGCUGAUCGUGGUGGAGUUAUUGCUGGGAGAGAUUCCUGACAGACUCCAGUUCAGACAGCCGUCACUGAAGAGGUCACUGAUGCCCUACUUCCUGCUGACUCAGGCGGUGAGAGCAGGUAACCUGGCCAAGUUCAACCAGGUCCUGGAGGAGUUUGGGGAGAAGUUCCAGACCGACGGGACGUACACGCUCAUCAUCCGCCUGAGACACAACGUCAUCAAGACCGGUGUGCGUAUGAUCAGCCUGUCGUACUCUCGUAUCUCUCUGGCCGACAUCGCUCAGAAGCUGCAGCUCGACAGUCCAGAGGACGCAGAGUUCAUCGUGGCCAAGGCGAUCCGUGACGGAGUGAUCGAAGCGAGCAUCAACCACGAGAAAGGCUUCGUCCAAUCAAAAGAGACCAUGGACAUCUACGGAACCAGAGAGCCUCAGCUGGCUUUCCACCAGAGAAUCUCCUUCUGCCUGGACAUCCACAACAUGUCUGUCAAGGCCAUGAGAUUUCCUCCUAAAGCGUACAACAAAGACCUGGAGUCAGCAGAGGUAACACACACACACCAUCACAGGUUCUCCAUCAGUUUAAAGGUUGAUGGUAAAUGUAGUUCAUUGGAGCUCUAGUGACAGAGGAGUUCUCCUGCUGGUGGAGCCGUGCCUACAUAUCCCAGGAUGCAUUGCUCUACACUAAAGCAGCCUCUACUCUGCCUUUAAUAAAUAGCUGAAUGUCUGCUGAAAGGUGUCCUCUGACCUCAUAUUAUGGGAUGGCAUGUCUGUCUGGAGGGCUACAAGCUGCAGCCGUCUGUAGAAGAACUACAUUUAGUGUUUACACAGAGGUCCCCAACCUUUCAUGCACCACGGACCGCUUUCAUGUAAGACAAUAUGUCCACGGACCGGCCUUCAAGUUGUGGCGGAAAAACACGAGGAAAUAAAAUGA